UUCCGUCCAUGCGAUCACCAUCCUACGGUGCGCGAUUAUUAAAGCAUUCCCGUGGGCCUCGGCCUCCAUGUGGCGUCUCCGUCUUUUCCUUAACGGCGUUUCUCGGCUGUGACGGCCAUUUGACGACGCCGUCGCGCUUCGAGUUUGGGGAAUCCACACGGUGGUUAAAGAAAAAAAGGAAAGCCCCCAAAUUUCCUCUCCAGUUCUUCGAUCCGGAGUCGCGCAAAGGCAGCAGGCUUUAGAGGGCGAAGGAGCGACACGAUUGGUGAAGAAGAGGAAGUGCGGUCUUGGUUGGAGAUGCUCGUGGAGGCCGAGGUUGCGCCCUCAAACUUUCCGGUCCCCGGCGUGCAGUGCCGGUGCGGGUCCGGAGUCGUACAGGAGGUCGCCGAAGUGUCCUCCGCAGCUGCGGAUGCGACGUCGACCUUGGGGAAUCCGUCUCCGGAGGUUCGACUGGACGAUGGCGGAGCAGAUGGUGCGGAUGCCGAUCUUGCGGUUUCGGAUAUGGGCACAAGAUCAUCACUUGUUGCAGUCGAUCCCAUUAGAUCAUAUCAAUUUGUUCCUAACCUUCGUUCUGGUAGCUUUGCCAAUGUUGGACCUAGGAGAUACAUGGAAGAUGAAUACAUUCGCAUUGAUGAUCUCUCAGAAAAUCUGGGCUCUAUGCUUAGAUGCCCAACACCUAGCGCCUUCUAUGGGAUAUUUGAUGGCCAUGGAGGUCCAGAUGCAUCCGCCUAUAUUAAACGGCACGCCAUUAGGAUUUUAUUUGAAGAUGCUGGCUUUCCGCAUGCAGAUGAACCUGAUGAGGAUUUCAUGAAAUCAGUGGAGAACUCAAUCAAAAGUGCAUUCCAGCUUGCUGACCUUGCUUUGGCCGAUGAGUGUACUAUUAGCAGCUCUUCUGGAACUACAGCACUUAUAGCACUGGUGUUUGGCAGGCUCCUCAUGGUUGCCAAUGCCGGGGAUUGCCGAGCUGUUCUAUGUAGAAAAGGUGAAGCAGUUGAAAUGUCACAAGAUCACAGACCCACAAAUGCAGUUGAGCGUCAGAGGAUUGAAGCAUCUGGUGGUUACAUCGAUGGUGGUUACCUCAACGGUGUGCUCUCCCUCACCCGCGCAUUGGGAGACUGGGACAUUAAAGAGCCUCGAGGCUCUCCUUCUCCUCUCAUUGCAGAGCCCGAGUUCAGGCAUGCUCUUCUCUCAGAAGAUGAUGAGUUCCUAAUUAUCGGAUGCGACGGCAUAUGGGAUGUGAUGUCGAACCAGCACGCUGUCAACAUCGUGAGCAAGGGCCUGAGGCGGCAUGACAACCCUGAACUGUGUGCCAGAGAGCUAGUCUCGGAGGCACUAAGGCUGAAGACAUUUGACAAUCUUACAGUGAUCGUCGUGUGUUUUUCUGAUGAAUACUCCAUGCCACAAGGCGACCAACCUCAAUUGUGCAAAUUUAGGUGUUGCAAAAGCUUGUCGAUCGAUGCCCUUUGCAACCUUAAGAACUGGUUAGGUAAAAAUGGCCGGAGUUGAAACUUCCAAGAUCCUUGUAGAUAACUCAACUGGAAUGCACCACAAAAUCCUGAAACAUACUCUCUGAUCCUCUUUCGUCUAGUGAAUUAGAAUGGCCAUAGAGCAUGGCCAUAGAGCAGCCAACCAGUUUUGUAGUUUUUUUUUUUUGGCCAUUAUUUUGAUGGUGAUAAUUUUAGAGUGUCUUCACUUUUCUCUGUAAAUAAUAUUAAACUAGGGAUGAUGCAUCAGAUUGACUCAUUUUUUAUGGCUGAGUAAGUGCGUGCAUUAGCAGACUU